CAGUCUGCAUAAUUAAACAAAGCACUCAAAACUCGUUUUCCACACCCUUUUAAAUAUAAAUCGAGAUGGCUGUCGACAAGCCUAAUGUUGUAGCCACUGCCAAAGAGCUCAUCAAUGAUAACACCGCCACUCUGCGAAAUAUUAUUGCCACUUUGUUCGUGUUUGCAUUUCAAGCUCUGGUAACAACAGCAGACCUUUUUAAAUGUCCAUCCAAAGGAAACGCUUCGUAUGGCUGUAUGUUCAUAUUCGUGCCAGCCCUGGUUCUAUUCCUGAUCUCGCUGCUCCUAAGCGAAAGCUUCAAAAAGGUGUCUCAAGGAUGCUGUUACACUGUAGACCCAUCAAAGCAGAUCGUGCGAAAAUAUUGCCCCUGCAGUCGUCCAAGAUGGUGCUGCAACAAGGAGAUGUUGACGGUUUUCUUCUACAGCUUUAUGGCAGGCUGUCUGUGGAUCUUUUGGGCCCUCUUGCAAAAAGGCUACUAUACUUGUGCAGUGUUUGGAAACGAAGAUCAGUUGAAGAACGUUACAGGAAAGAAUAAAACCAUUUUGGAAAAGCGUUACCAGAAUGCACAGACAGAAUCCCAGAUCUAUGGGUUUACCCUUCUUGCACUCAUUCUUGGGAUUCCAUUGCUCUUUAUAACCAUUAGAAGAUGCUGUUACCUUCGACCCCUCGCUUCAGUUCCAAGUCUCUUUGAGUACGAAAAACUGGAAGCAAAAGCGGCUGAGGCGAAGCUGAAAGAAAAAAUCGAGGCAUAUGCUACAGCCCAAGGCGAAGGCAAGGCCGAGCGGCACUUUGCAGAGCACUUCAAAGCAGAUAAGAGCAUUGCCGACAUCAUCCGAGAAGCUCGCGCUGAGCUCUCAAGCAUCAAAGGUUACUCUGAAGCAUUGGAUUCCCUCGAUAAAUACAAAAAACUCGAAGCGGAAGCUGUCAGAGGAAAAUUCAAAGACAAAGUUGAAGAGUUGGCGGAGGGAAGAGUUACUGUAACUUUCGAGGAUAAGACAUGGAAGGAGUAUGAAGAUGAUGACCCGUACGACUUCGUGGAAAAUGUCUACGAGUCAAUUAGCAGCGAGUACCCUCGUGUGACUGGUGAUCAGAGCAAACCGUACAAGAAGUACAAGCACAUCGGAAAGAGAGGGGAAAUCGAGAUGACUGAGCGCCAUGAUGAAGCGUGAACCAAAAGACAAUGUAGUGUGAUUCCUUGUAGUCUUAGAACUGUCAAAAUUGAUCAAUGGUAACAUAAAUAUGUAGGAAAUGAUAUGGUACGAGUAAAAGAGACAAUUUAGAGUAUCUUUAAAAGGUAUAAACUAUAAACAAUAUUGUAAUUAAAGUAAGUUAAUGGAUCGACCAAGACGCCCAGUAGGGUUUACUCAAGUCAAGCAUAACGACGUCAUAACGUACUUUUAAAAGUAAGAUAAGUUUUUAAACUGAAGUUUUAAAACUAAUAAACGGAUUUACUAUGUUA